CUUCCGCAAAGUUGCCAGCUCUUCACCUCCUUCCUCCUCUUCCUCCUCUUGCUCCUCGGUGAGUCCUGACUCUCCGACUCUUUCCACAGAAACAUGAGUGACAUAAAGCCUCCGAGUCCCGCGGGGAGCGAGGACAGCGCGGAGGAGAAGGACUGGGCCGAGGCCAAAGCUUUCUUUGACAACCUCAAAACCAACAAACCGAGACCUCCCAAACCGCGGUAUGCCGUCACCAUCGCCGUCUCCUCCCGCACCCUGUUCAACAUGGUGGCAGAGAGGACGAUCUACGAGGAGGACGGGGUCGAGAAGUACGUGGCUUAUCAGGUGGAGCAUGAGAGCGAGCCCCUGAAACCCGGAGCUGCGUUCCCCUUCGUCAAGGCGCUGAUGAACGUCAACUCUCGGCUGAGGGAGCUCUACCCAGACAGCGAGGAGCUGUUUGACAUCGUCUUAAUGACCAACAACCAUGCACAAGUCGGAGUGCGCCUCAUCAACAGCAUUAAUCACUACGAUUUGACCAUCGAGAGGUUCUGUAUGACGGGAGGCAAAAGUCCAGUGGGUUACCUCAAGGCCUACAUGACCAACCUGUACCUCUCCAAGGACUCAGAGAAAGUGACAGAGGCCAUCGAGCAAGGAAUCGCCGCAGCCACAAUGUUUAUGCCGGACACAGAGACUCAGCUGAGUGACACUCAGCUCAGAGUGGCGUUUGACGGUGACGCCGUCCUCUUCUCUGACGAGUCGGAGAUCAUUGUGAAGAAACACGGCCUGGACACUUUCUUUGAGCACGAGAAGGAAUUUGAGAACAAACCUCUUGCUCAGGGUCCUUUAAAGUGUUUCCUGGAGGCUCUGGGGAAGCUCCAGAGAAAGUUCUACGCCAAGAACGAGCGCAUGAGCUGUCCCAUCCGAACCUACCUGGUCACGGCCCGCAGUGCCGCCAGCUCGGGAGCUCGCGUCCUGAAGACCCUGCGCAGCUGGGGCCUGGAGAUUGACGAGGCCCUCUUCCUGGCAGGCGCUCCUAAAGGGCCCCUGCUGGUGAAAAUCAGGCCGCACAUCUACUUUGACGACCAGAUGUUCCACAUCGAGGGCGCCAAGGAACUGGGAACCAUAUCUGCACACGUGCCCUACGGGAUCGGACAGAAGUACCACAAGGGUAAACUAAUCGAGCAGCCGGCUAAAGAGGAAUAAGCACAAAUAUUGAAUAUACACGAUGUUUUAUCUGCAGAGGAUCUAUUACACAUUUUUUGAAGACUGAGGCAAUGAAUCGCUAAGGCAGUCAAGCUUUUCUUAUUUGGGGAGGUUUAUAAAGGGUUUUCUUCAUCUGAUGGGUGGGGCAGGGGUUAUUUUCAAAGCAAGAGUUACACUAGGUUCCUUACACUACUUCACUUACUGCUGUUUUACAAGAGAAACAACAGAUUCCUCACCUGUUGUGACCACAUGUCUGUAACUGUUUACCUUUUGAAAGCUGUUGGAGCGAUGUGUAAUUGUCUUUACAUUUUUAUACCAAACACACUCAUUUAUUUAAUUUAUCUUGCUUUUGGUUCUUGUCAUGUGUUAGAUAAUCACAUUGGGAUAAUACAGAAUAUCUGCUGUAGUCUGUUUUUCUCUAUUGGGUCUAUUAUAGUAACAUAACCAGUAAGGUUGAGGGAGAAUUUCCAACUGCGGACACAUUUUUUGUUGCCUAACAUUUCAUGGGUCUGGGAACAUCAGGGUUUUUUAUUUUAAAGGGAUGGUUAUCAGGCUGGAAUCUAACUGUAACCACCCAUUGCUAACCAGCUUUUUUAUAGGAGUGACGACACAAUGUAUGUAUACUGAUGUAUUUUAUAUUGCAAAAGUUCUAAAAAUGUGCAAAAAACUGGAUACCAUUCAGGACUUACACAGUUACACUUGAUUGUAAAUAUAUCAACACUGAUAAUAUUUCUCUCUUUUUUCAUAUUGUAGUAACACAGUAAUAUUUUGACCCCAUUUGACUUUUCUAUGCUCUGGUGAAUGUGUUUUGAAAAUAGAUGAUGUGGUAGACAAAUAAAGAAACAUGGACGACA